AUGUUUCUAGGACAGCAGACUUCCUAUCAUGGCAGACUUCCAGCACGAAAGUAUCCGCUUUCGCACCCAUCUAAGGACUCUCGCUGUUCGGAUUUUCGGUCACGUGACUCAGGGACGGACUUCACCAAGUAUCACCUGACUACAUGUCCUCAUCAGCAAGAGUUCUUACCUAGCCCAAACAGAUUCAGCCUUCUAGCAGUGCCCGACCAAUCGCCUACUGAGUCAAGAUUGCCUUUUAACUUCACACUGCCUCCAGCAGGGACAGCGAAACGACGGUGUAAACGAGCCGGAAAGCAGCAGGGCUUCAAGACCUCAGCCGCGAGGAAUCGAGGAGGGAAUCAGUGUGGGGUUAUCACCUUCUUGUUGGAGAUGGAGGGGUUGCGACUCAGAGAUAACGCGGCUGAUCGAACUGAGAAAGCUGCAACUGCAAACCACGGUGGAAUUUCACUGAAAGAAAAACUCGAGCCUGCAUUUGAAGUUGCCAAGCCACAUUGGGCACCGCAGUUACGACCUGACUCGCAACUCCCGAGAUCUUCUUCUACGCGGUCAACGACAACUUUGGGCCAAGAGAUAUCAGAAAAUGAGGCGCAACCAUCUACCUUGGUCGAGACCCCCCACGUUCAAGAGAGCGAGUUGCGGAUCGUACUGCCGGACUUACUUACUUGUAAAGAUACAUCGAUACACUCCCCAUCCAACACCAAGUCUGGUGAAGCAGAGAAUCCGAAAGAAACUCCGAAGAAUCCCGAGACCGCAAUUGCUCUUGCAUCAGAUGCACAAAACGCGGCUGUGGCCGCCGCUUGCUGCGCACUUAAAACAAACGGCGUUGAUCUCACUUCUGGGUCUCCAUACAAGAGCUCGAAUGCUCGUCGAGAAGAUUUGAUAUUCUUCCCACCGUUAAUACAAGCUACAAGUCCAUCCUGUUACGCUGCCAUGCCUUCCGCUAAGUUAGCCGCGACUACCAUCUUCACGCCAGCUUCGACACAUUCAACGUCGGUUGAAGAACCUCAUCUUCAUCACGAAAUGGAAAUGAAAUACGAACAGUCGUCUUCAGAAGAGACUAUCGUUCCAUUACCAGCUUUAGGUCAGACUCCACGCCCGGGUACAUACCCCUCGAGUAUCGUCGUCGACGGUGAAGUCAUCACCUUCGAACCAGGAAAGCUGGGACUCCGUUCACCCUCUGACCCUCCCUUCAUCUGCCCUUGGCAGCGUUUCCCCUCCUCAGCUACCGAAGAGAGGUGUACCCGAAGCCAAUCUCCUUCCUGUUUAAUGGCAAGCCACCACAACAAUGCUGCGGGUAUCUGCCAUCCACUGGGUGCUGUCGGUUUAGAAGGGCAUGGAACUCCGUGCUGGUGUUUCGAAUGCCUCAAAUGCCACAAGCCAUCCUAUGGGGUAAACAUCAGCCAUUCUCCACCCGUACAGGCAGCUGGGAUGAGCCAUGGAUCAAUUGUCUGCACCCCCGAACCCAGUCUCGUUGGUGAAAGCAUGGACGCAAAUUCAUCUCCGGAGUCCCGUCAAUCAUACAUCCCAAAAUUAAAUGUCCCGAUAACCGAAAACGCCGCCGCGGAUUUCGUCAUCAUGGAUGCCGAUAUCAGCACGUUUAAUUUAGGCGGAGCAGUCACUGACGCGAACACAACCGUAGCUCCAACUACAGUUACAUCGGCACCGGCGUCCACCACACUUGUCCAACGACCUGGAUCCCCCACCUUGUACGAUAGCGUUGAACCUGCAAGCGACUGCUCCAAUAUACCCCAACCAAUCUCACAAGUCUCACUAUCUGCUUCCGCUAAACUCUUAUUCAACAAACCUUACCCAACUGUCACAGAAUCGCUGCCAACAAAGCCAUCUACCAGUCCCCAAGACAUCAAGACAAACGUCGCCGUAUUGCCCCGGACCCACAUCCACAGCGAACAUGACCACUCCUCCGAUUACAGCAUCAUCAGCCUCAACGCCUCUGAACUAAGCUCUUGGAAUCUGACCUGCCCGGUUGAUUUCAGCAGCGUUGAUGACGACGAUGAGUAUGAUGGGAGUGCAGAUGAAGAGAUUUCUUAG